UGACCCUCUUUCAACACUCCACUCACCGACCCGUACAGACUUUGACAUUUCGGAGUUUCUCACCAAACAAUGCCCCGAUCCCGAGCCACCUCCAUUGAUGCGUCCGCACCGGAGGCGUCUACCGGCGAUGACGCGCCGCACAUCGACCAUUGACUCCUCCGCCUCCGACAUGCCUGAAUCCGUCGUCCUCAUCCGCCGGUUUCUCUUCUUUGUCGCGGUCUGUCUCUCCUGCCUGCUCCUCUACAACGACUCCAAUGCCCUCCGAUUUCUCCACCGCUUCUCUUCCUCUCCCUCCGCCUCCUUCUCCGCCUACCUUUCCCCUCUCGUUAGCGAGGAACAUAGGCUUGAAAAGGUUUUAAAGAAUGCUACCAUGGAAGACGGCACUGUGAUUUUAACAACUUUGAAUGAAGCAUGGGCAGCUCCCGGCUCGAUCCUCGAUCUCUUUCUGGAGAGCUUUAGGAUUGGAGUUGGAACUCGUAGGCUAUUGAGCCAUUUGGUGAUCAUUGCCUUGGAUCAAAAGGCAUUUGAGCGUUGUUUGGAGGUGCAUAACCAUUGCUUUGCUCUUGUCAUUCAAGACUUUGAUUUUCGUCAGGAGGCUUAUUUUAUGACCCCUCACUACUUGAAGAUGAUGUGGGCAAGGAUCGAUUUUCUGCGUACUGUUCUUGAGAUGGGCUACAAUUUCGUUUUCACGGAUGCGGAUAUUAUGUGGUUCAGGGAUCCAUUUCCACAGUUUUAUGAGGAUGCAGAUUUUCAGAUUGCAUGCGAUAAUUUCUUAGGCAACUCGGAUGAUUUACAGAACAGACCGAAUGGAGGGUUUAACUAUGUAAAGUCCAAUAGCAGGUCAAUAGCGUUCUACAAAUUUUGGUAUUCCUCGCGGGAAACCUACCCUGGGUUCCAUGAUCAGGAUGUCCUCAAUAUUAUUAAGUUUGAUCCAACCACCUUUAGUAUCGGACUGAAAAUAAAAUUUUUGGAUACGGCUUACUUUGGUGGAUUUUGUGAACCUAGUAAAGAUUUGAAUCAAGUUUGUACAAUGCAUGCAAAUUGUUGUUAUGGUCUAGAUAGCAAGCUUCACGACCUUAGAAUCAUGGUUCGGAAUUGGAAGCGAUUUGUGUCCUUGCCGCCUAAUUUGAAGAGAGAUUUGAUGUUACCAUGGGGCGUUCCGCAGAACUGCAGCCUUGACUCUCUCCGUCGCUCUGAUGCACCGGAGAGCGAUGCUCAACAUGGUUCACAAGAAUGAUGGAGCUCUAUAUGAGUUUUGAAGCCUUCUUGAAUGACAGAAAAUUGUGGAAGUGGUGCAGAGGGCGGGUUCGAAGGACCCGAGGCUCCCGAGGGAAGAGGUGAUCUUAAACCACACAUAUACUGUGGGUGUGAAAAUUCUUGUAGGGAAAUUCUUAGACCAUUUUUUUGUAGUAAACAAUUUCAGAGGUUUAGGUUUAGCAUUGUUAUCCGACUGGUAGCUUAUUUUUGGUGAAGUUUCUGCCUCUUUUCGA